AUGGAUUUGAACGACAGCACUUCACUGGCCGAGCUUAUGGCCAGCUAUCAGCCCUCUGAUACCGGGUACCGGGUGCCAAAAGAUGGAUGGAGGAUCUGUCUGGCCCACGAGUUCAAGGAGAAAAGAACACCGCUACAGGCCAAAAACGUGUCACUCUCCGACAUAGUCAAACACAUUGGCUUAGGGCUCAGGUAUCUAAAAUGGUGGUACAAGAAAACGCAGGUGGAAAAGAAGGCACCCUUUAUUGACAUGUUUCGAGCAUUGCCUCUCAGGCAAAUUUAUGGUGCACCUCUUGGUGGUAUCGGGGGAGGUACUAUUACCCGUGGAUGGAAGGGAGAAUUUUGUCGGUGGCAGCUCAACCCAGGAAUGUACCACUACAAAACAGUCAUUGCUGACCAGUUUACAGUGUGUCUUCGUAGGGACAGUAGGACAAUUUACCAGCAGGUGUUGUCCACUGAGCACCCUCACACGAUGCAGGGCUGGAACUGGGGUUACUGUGGCGAAUAUGCCUUUUACCAUGCGCUGUACCCUCGAGCCUGGUCCGUCUACCAUCUGCCUGGCCAGAAUGUCACGCUCACCUGCAGGCAGGUGUCACCUGUCAUUCCACAUGACUACAAGGACUCCAGCCUUCCUGUUGCUGUAUUUGUGUGGGAUAUAGAGAACAAGAAUGACUAUGCAUUGGAUGUCUCCAUCAUGUUUACCAUGGUCAAUGGGUCAGGCCACAAAGACGAUAAAAGCGGGGGUCACUGGAAUGAACCAUUCAAUUUGGAAAAGGAGGGAGAGUCUGUGUCUGGAGUUUUACUCCACCACUGCACUCCUGUGAAUCCUUACACUCUGUGCCUGGCAGCGCGAAAACAGUCUGACAGAGAGAUCAGCUAUCAGACUGCAUUCAGUCCAGAGGGCACCUGUAGUGCUCUGUGGAGUGACCUCAUUAACAAUGGCCGGUUGGACUCACCCAAGGGUCCCAGCCCUCCCACACAAAAAGGAGAGAAGGUGGCAGCGGCACUGGCUGUGGGCUGCUCUGUGGCUGCUCAAGGACACAACUGUGUAGAGUUCAGUCUGGUCUGGGAUAUGCCAAAAAUGACUUUUGGCUCAAGAGAGAAGGAACACAUGAGACGAUAUACACGUUACUAUGGCACCAACGGGGAUGCAGGCCCUUCUCUCUCUCACUAUGCACUUACACACUACAAAGAUUGGGAGAAGAGCAUUGAGGAAUGGCAGAGACCCAUUUUGGAAGAUAGUGCUCUUCCUUCCUGGUAUAAAUCAGCUUUAUUUAAUGAGCUAUACUUUGUUGUGGAUGGUGGAACCGUAUGGGUGGAGCUUCCUGAGGACUGUGAUGUCAGUGGAGGGCUCCGCCCUCAAGAAGGUGGUCUUCCAGCCCAGCCCCCUAUCAUCAAGGAGUAUGGCCGCUUUGCUUAUUUAGAGGGACAGGAGUACAGGAUGUAUAACACAUAUGAUGUGCACUUUUAUGCAUCUUUCGCACUCAUCAUGCUCUGGCCCAAACUGGCUUUGAGUCUGCAGUAUGAUAUCGCUGGCAGUGUGGUGCAGCAUGACCCCACAGAAAGGAUGAAUCUAAUGACUGGUAGAUGCUCAGCAGUGAAGACCCAGAAUGUAGUGCCUCAUGACAUUGGAGACCCAGAUGAUGAGCCUUGGACACGCGCCAAUGCUUACCAGAUUUAUGACACGGCUGACUGGAAAGACCUAAACUUGAAGUUUGUUCUACAAGUUUACCGUGACUACCACCUAACUCAAGAUACGCAGUACCUGCAGGAUAUGUGGCCCAUAUGUCAGGCAGUUAUGGAGGCUGAAUUGAAGUUUGAUAAGGAUGGGGAUGGGCUGAUAGAGAACUCCGGCUAUGCUGACCAAACUUAUGAUGGAUGGACUGUGACAGGACCCAGUGCGUACUGCGGGGGUCUGUGGAUAGCCUCUGUUUGUGUAAUGUGUAAGAUGGCACAACUUCUGAAGAGGGAUUCUGUAUACGAGCGCUACAGAGACAUCCUGGAACGAGGCAGCGCAGCAUUUGAUAAGCUGCUGUGGAAUGGCAAGUACUAUAACUAUGAUAGCAGUGGGCGAAGCCUGUCCAAUAGCAUCAUGUCUGACCAAUGCGCAGGUUAUUGGUUCCUGAGGGCAUCUGGACUGGGAAAUGGCGAGCUCCAGCCUUUCCCCAAAGAGAAGAUCCGCAGUGCUCUUAAAUCUGUGUUCGAUUUUAACGUGAUGAGCUUUGGCGGGGGGCAGAUGGGGGCUGUGAAUGGAAUGAGACCAGAGGGGGUGCCUGAUCGCUCCAGCAUCCAAUCAGAUGAAGUCUGGGUUGGUGUAGUCUACGGAUUGGCAGCUACUAUGAUUCAUGAGGACAUGCUGGAGGAGGGCCUGCACACUGCUGAAGGUUGUUACCGGACAGUGUGGGAACGAGCAGGAAUGGCUUUUCAGACUCCUGAGGCAUACUGUGAGAAGGGAAUCUAUCGCUCUCUGGGCUACAUGAGACCUCUUAGCAUCUGGGCCAUGCAACUGGCCCUGGACAAAACUGGCCAAAGUUACAGACCCAGACAGCCAUCAAACUCCUUAGACACAGUGGCUCAAUGAAUUCAUUAAACAGAACUGUCAUUAACAGAUGUGAUUUUUCUUUUGCACAUAAGCUCUCUGACCCCAACACAUGCUACACUUUGUAUAUAUUCAAAUAGGAAUUAAAACUGAUGUUUACUCACUGAAGAUGUAUGUGUACAUAGCAAAUUUGAGUUUAGUUUUAUGUAUGUGGAUGCUUCAAUUUGGGGUACCAGGUUUUCCAGACAUUCCCCCUUGAAAUUGUUGUGAUUUAUGAUUAAUUCCUGUGUAAGAUAGCAUCCAUCUGCAACUUUGACUCUGUAUCUUAAACAUACAGAUUUAAAUAAACAAUAGACCAACUUGA